CCUCAUCACACUCUUUUCUUCUGUGAACUCGCGCACUGCUGCUCUUCCCUCGGACACACCAUCACACGUACACACGCCCACCAAUCCAGGUCCAUCACUCUUUGUCUUUCGCCACGCCAAUCCCGACGGCUCACACGCUGUGGCGCUGUGGUUGUCAAGACGACGAGCAGGUUCUCAUCGCGUAUAUAACGGACUCGCAAAAGCUGGGUCAAGUGCUUUCAUCAAGAAGUAGUGAUACUUUGACAUUCAGCCCAAGUCCUCUGCCAUCCGACUUUCGUCUCGUCCCUCUUCUUCGACUACCACCCGCUCACAUCAACAACAAGAAACAUGAUCGAACUUCUGGACAGGGUCUUGACCUACGGGCCAUACGGGUACAUUCCCAAGCUUGCGCCUGCCAUCCUCUUCGUCAUUCUCUAUGCCAUCGCUUUCAUUGGUCACUCCUACCUGGGCGCCUUCAAAAAACAACCAUCAAAAUGGCUACCCACGUUGGCUCUGGGAUGCGCAGCAGAGACGGGCGCCAUGAGUCUUCGCGUCUACGGUCACUACACAGCUCGGGAUGACAUCAACGCGUACAUCGCUCAACAAGUGCUGAGCGUCUUGACGCCCGCCUUUUUCGCCGCUGCCCACUUUGCCAUCCUUGGUUUGGCCAUCGUGACGUUCGGGCCAGCGUACGCUCCCAAGUUUGUCCAACCUCGAUUCAUCAUUCCCUUUUUCGUCACGGUGGAUGUUUUGAGUCUGAUCCUGCAGGGCACUGGAGCGGGCAUGGCAGCUGUCGCUGAGCAGCUCAAGCCUCCCGAAUCCACCAUUCCCGGAGCUUGGAUCGUGGUUUCCGGUCUGGUAGUCCAGCUAUUGGGCUACGUCAUUUUCAACAUUCUCUUCGUCGACUUUGCAAGACGAGCCAUGGCGCGUCCACCUCAACACGAGCUGUGGACGGCAAAGAUGAAGACGUUUUUGGCUGCCGUUUGGAUCUCUGCUCUGCUGGUCUUGCUUCGUAGCUGCUUCAGAACGGGCGAGAUGAUUCUAGGAUGGAUCGGUCCUGUAGCUACGACGGAGUGGUACUUUUACGUCUUUGACGCCGCUCCCGUCACAGCAGCCGUCUACAUUCUGCUUCCCUUUCAUCCCGCUCUCUUCCUGCCCGCACACAUCUCUCUGGGCAAGCCUACAUUGGGUGCCAAGCAAGAGUACGCGGUAGAGGGCUCUGGUGCCGAUGAGAAGGACAUCGAGCGAAACGGCUCAAACACCAACGAGACUGCUACGCUGAAUGGGGGAAACAGUCAGGACAAGGGUCAAUACGAUACGCUCGUCGGUCGUCAGCAGGAAAAGAAGCGGCCUAGCAGCAACAACUCUAGACCGAACACCAACAGAUCUCGCUCGUACAGCUCCAACGGCAGUCGUGGAGGCCAAGCUCCGAACCGCGAAGGCACCUUUCAUCGACAGUAAUCUUUGCGCUUUCAUACGCUCGCUCAUCUCAACAUCUACCACUCGCCUUCAGUCCAGCUUUCGACCUUCUGCGUCCGCCUCCAUCAUCCUCUCACCCAAAGUAAUAUGGACAGGGCUUUGCUCAGAGCUAUCUCCAUUCAUCUCUUCUUCUCUCUCGCUUGCUGUACAUUUGCUCCCCCCC